AUUAAGUCAUAAACUCAUAACCCCUUUUGUCGGCUUCUCCCUAACAACUAGUUGUAAUCCUAAUUCCCCAACAGUAAGACUUUCACAAGUAACACACACGAGGAAAUCUGCUGAAAAAGGAGAGUGACACUUUGGGAAAUAAAACAAGAGAGAAAAACAAAAAGAUUGAGACAUGGAAGAAGAAGAAAUAAUAGGAAUUGAGGGUUUGGGGGAUUUAGCAAUUCAAGUAAUAAUCUCAAAAUUAGACCCAAAUGACACUGCCAAAGUUUGUUGUGUUAGCAAGAAAUUCAGGGAUUGGGCUUCUGAUGAUCUUUACUGGUCUAUUAAUUGCUCAAAUGACCUUGAUAUCUCUUCCCCCGUUGAUCCUUUUGGUAACCCACUUCCUUCUUUCAAGUUAGCUUAUCAGCUAUGGAGGGAAGCUUUCAGCAUGUAUCCUUGGCCUCUUGUAAAACGCGUCAAAGGGUGUUGGGACGGCCUUAAAAGUUGGUUGGGCAGCAAUUUUCCUGAGGUGCUUACAACUUUGAGAAAGGGUACAUCCGAGGAGGAUUUAAAUGAGGUGGAGAAAGGCUUAAGAGUGAAAUUGCCACUUUCGACAAGAUUGAUUUAUCGUUUUCAUGAUGGUCAGGAGAUCUCCGAUAAAUUAAUGGGUCUUAUUGGAGGAUAUUCUGUCUAUGACCACCUGGUGAAUGUGAUCUUGUUACCUCUAAGGCAUGCUGUCAUGGAGUCAAAGAGUAUAAUGCAUGACGUAGGUUUUUCUACUAAAUCCAAAUAUAUUGCUAUAGCUGCCUCUUUUGUAGGGAAUGAAAAGGUUUUCUGCCUUAAUUGUGCCAACAAUCAACUGUAUGUUGGUACCACAAUGCUUAGAGAAGACGGUGAAAUGAUGCCUUGUGUUCCUGAUGCAUUAUUGAAGUCUAGUCGUAACCAACAGUGUGAUGGAGUAUUAUUGUGGUUGGAAGAACAUGGUCGACGCUUGCACAGUGGUAUGGUCUCAGUUCGCGAGGAAGGUAAUCUGAAAAGCAUCAGUCAGUUUCCAGAAAAACCACCUCUCUGCUCCACUGCUGUGACAAAUGGUGUACAGGUACGUGCAUCUGCUGUGCUUGUUCCAGAGCAGAGUGACCUUGGAAGCCCAGGAUUCUUGUUUGCUUAUUCAGUACGCAUGUCCCUUUUGCCUGAGGGAUGUAUAGUGCAUGGGAUGAAGUUUGAAUCUUGUCAGCUGUACUGGAGACAUUGGAUCAUUAGAGAAAAUGAGGUUGUGAAGAAUGAAGUUGAUGCAGAAGCUGUCAUAGGAAAGUAUCCUUUGUUGUUCCCGGGCGAGAAAGAUUUUGUCUAUGAGAGCUGCUCAAGUCAACAACGUACGCCUGGUUCCAUUGAAGGUUCUUUUACAUUUGUGCCUGGAAGAUUGGAGCGGCCAAAAGGCGAUCCAUUUGAGGUUGAAGUGGCACGCUUUCCGCUUGUAAUGCCAGAGUACAUUUUCUGAUGGACGCUUCUGCAAGAAUAAGUUCCAUGACAACAUUGUUUAAGAAGCAUUAUCGUUGUCAUCUUGUAUCAUAUUUGCUUUAUUUACGUCUCUCUUUUACAUGUAACUCAACUCGAAAGUUCUGGAUGUUUUUUGUGCUACGAUUGUAGACUGAUUGCUUUGAGACUGGCUUAUGGAUCGACAUAUGUGUAAGCCUACUUGUGCCACUUAUUUUCGAAGCUUGUUAGAAUAAGCGUUUGUUUUACUCUCUAGUUUUGAAUCUUCACCUGUUUAAUGGGAUUUUUGAAUGUUGACAUUGAGGCCCUAUACGGAUGUACUUGCCUUUUCUUUUUUCCUCA